CACCACUGAGAAUGGAAUUGUUCCCCAAUGCCCCUCGAGAUCCACUCUACUACGAACUCGGCUACGGACAGCUAACAGAGGUGGGGAAGAACAGGGCGCUACAACUAGGAACACUGUUGAAUACGCGAUACCAUGGGCUACUUUUGAACGACGCGCGGAGUAAUGGCGAGGUCUACGCCUACAGUACUGAUUAUGACAGGACUAAAAUGAGCCUGCAAUUAGUUUUGAAAGGAUUAUAUCCAACCUCGAGCAAGAGUUCAGUAGUGCCGUUGCAUUACGAACCCAGAAUUGUAGACAGUGUGCUGCAAGGCUUCCGCUGCUCAAAGUACAAAGACGAAGAAAGGAAAGUGAAGAAAUCAAAAGCGUAUCAAACUUUGAUGACGCAAAACAGCGAACUGUUUAAAUUCAUUAACAGAGAGACAGGGUUGAACACGUCCACGGAGAAUAAUCCACUUUUCGUAACCGCUGGUGUCUACAAUGUUUUCGCAAGCGAGAAGAGUAUGAACAUCUCUCUGCCCACUUGGGCAACCGAAGAAAUUCAACAGAAAAUCGAAACCAUAGUGGCUAUAGAAUACGAACUCGAAUCCUACACACCUACUAUGAAGAGGUUAUUCGGCGGCAAUGUUGUCAAGGAGUUCAUCGAUAACAUGGACCGCAAGAAUGUCAAGAUUGCCGGGAACAACACGAAAAUUUUCUUGUACAGUGGGCAUGAAUUGAACGUCGCUUCUUUCGCCAAAGUUCACGGGUUCACGGAGCCGGCUAUACCUUUAUAUAGUUCCGCCAUAUUUGUGGAAAAGUGGCGGGACGCUGACCAGGAAUACGUCCAGAUGUACCUCUGGACCGGAGUAACCGAGGAAUUAAUUCCAUACAAGAUUCCCUACUGCGGUACCAAGUGUCCCUAUGACACCUACAAAAGCCUGGUACAAGAAUACAUCCCAACGAAAUUGGAGCUCGACUGUCUUUGGAACGACGUAACAAAGAAGAUCUUGCAGAAUUACUACCUUAACACCAACGAAGAGAAAUAACCAUCAUUCAAUUAUCAAAAUAAUGUAAAUGUAAUAAAAAUAAAUUUAAUACAGUAGAAAGAUUCUAAUGAGAUACAUGAAAUAUAAUCUCAAAUAAAUCAAACAUUUAAGUGACAUCGUUACUUACGUUCUGUAACAUGAAUGCCCCAGAACAUUGAUGUGAUAUCGUUACAUUAAUUAUUCAUGAUUAUACAUACAGUACCUUGCGAGAAAAAUAAUAUGGGCUCGAGGGAAUUUAAAUAAACAGAAUUGUACAUACGAUACUAGACUGUACAAACAUUAACAGUUGUGUAUACAUGAAAUCAGAAAAAUAUAAAUAGAAUCAUUGGUCAAAAUCAAUGAUAAAAAAAUUGAUUGCCAGACGUCGUCUACUAAAGCAAUCGACUCAGUCAAUUGAUUUGGAAAUUAACUCUUAACGAGGUUGAUUAUGUAAUCAGUCUUAAUAAGAUUAAGAUAAUCCCUCCCCCACCUCUUCUGGUUGAUAAAAAGAACAAAAAAUCUUUGGAUAUCUCUUCCGAUUUUAUUUUAUCAAACGCGAUUUUAGCAUAGCGAACCUAC